AUGGAACCAUUGUGCCCCAUAUGCUCCAAACGGAUACCAAAGCUACUCCUAGAACAGCAUGUCAAUAGCUGCCUCGAUGUCCAGGAAGUUAAACCCGGAACCGCCGAAAAUGAAACAAAUGUUACCGAAUCAAGGAAACGCGAUGCAUUUAGCGCCCUUGGAUUGUCAAGGGCACUGACAUCGAAGAAGAAGAAACAACCACACGAGCAGGGCAAUGCCACACUACUGCCAUCGAGUUUGAGAACUCCACCGAAGGAACAAUUUGCUGAAAUGCCAGAGGUUAAAGAGGAGCCCACAUCCCACGAACCUCGAGACCCGUCAUUACCAGAUACAGCAAAAGAGAUAGCUGACCUCAAACAACAGGUCGGAAUUCCACUUGCACAUCGCCUAAGACCAAAAUCAUUAACCGAUUUCAUCGGUCAGGAAAAGUUGCUAGGGAAGAAUGCUCCGUUGAGAAAUAUCAUCAAGUCCGACCUAAUUCCAUCAUUUAUACUAUGGGGACCACCAGGAUGUGGCAAAACUACGCUCGGCCGCAUUGUGGCAAAGUCUACAAGUUGCAAAUUCGUUGAGCUUUCGGGGGCCAGCAGUGGAGCAAAAGAUUUAAAGCAUGUUUUCGAGCAAGCUGAAAAUCUUCGAAAGCUUACGCAGCAGCGCACUAUUCUUUUCAUUGAUGAGAUUCAUCGGUACAAUAAAGCAGUACAAGAUCUACUUCUUCCAGUGGUGGAAAAGGGGGUUUGUACUGUUAUUGGAGCUACAACCGAAAAUCCAUCCUUUUCAUUAAACAAUGCAUUAUUGUCAAGAAUGCAAACUUUUGUAAUGGAAGCAUUUACCAGCGAAGAUAUUGUUCGAAUUUUGAACCGAGCACUAUUGGAAGUCAACCGAGCUCGUAAGUUGUUAUACCACUUGCCCUACUUGACUUUAGAGAAGGAUGCAUUUGAAUAUAUUGCCGGUUUAUGCAUGGGAGAUUCACGCGCCGCUUUGAAUGUCCUCGAAACAGUAAAUGCUUACCUUUCAGCUGACAGGCUUGAAGAAAAGCUGAGUGAUGGAGCAGCUGUUAAUGUGACGGUUGAGAUGCUCAAAGAAAUCUUAAAAUCUCGAAAUUUUCACCAAAUGUAUGACAAGGACGGUGAUGCACAUUAUGACAUAAUCAGUGCUUUUCAUAAAUCUGUACGAGGGUCUGAUGCUGACGCAGCAAUAUUUUAUUUGGUGAAAAUGUUGUCUGGUGGUGAAGACCCUUUAUUUAUUCUCCGAAGGAUGAUGGUAAUAGCUAGCGAAGAUAUUGGAUUACGAGACAGUUCAUGUCUUCCAUUUAUUGUCUCUGCUAAGCAAGCUUUUGAAUUUGUGGGUAUGCCUGAGGGAGAGAUUAUUUUGGCCCAUUGUGCCACGAAAUUAGCUCGUGCUCCCAAGUCUACGAAAUCGUAUCGUGCUUUGAGGUCGGCUCAAAAGUUGAUCAGUGAAAGACCAGAUGUACUUCGGUUGCCCGUACCCAUUCAUCUAAGAAAUGCACCGACUCGGUUGAUGAAAGACAUGGGUUUCGGUGACGCAUACAAAUACAAUCCUAAUUACGAAAAUGGUGUUGUCAAGCAGUCAUAUUUCCCAGAAGGUAUGGAUCGAGUCACUUUUGUAGAAGACACGCAUUUGGGCACCGCCAGGGACCCCGAAAUUAGCGACGAGAUUUACAAACAAGAACAAGCUGCUGUUGACGAUUACAAUUCGUAUAAGCAGUAUGUUAAGGAAAGGGCCAAACGUAAGAGGAAGGCGGCACAAAAUGGGGAGGAACAAUCAAGUGCAAUUUUCACUGAGAUUUCUCCAAGGGACUCUGAAACGGACUGCGAUGAAGUAAGCAUUGAUCUGGACGACCAAGAUUGUAACAACAACUUUGGCAAGUCGUAUGACGAGUUUUUGGAUAGGGAAUCGCAGCCAGAUUAUUUUAGCGACAACCCAGGCUCCUCUCCGUAG